AACGCUGUGCGGUUUAGAGCCUAGUCAGCCCUAAACUUUCCACCCCUCACUCUCGAACAGAGUAUCAAUCAGUCUUCUCUCUUUCAAUCGCCGCAACAAGUCUUACGCUUAUCUCUUCAUCUUCUCCGAUCGCCGAAGCUCAGACCGGAGCUUCCAUCGACUCCGAUUUUUGUGAAUUUUGUUUGGGAAAGAAUGUCGUCUCGAUUUUGGACCCAGGGUGGAGGAAGCGAUUCUGAGGAUGAGGAGAGUGAGUAUGGAGAUGGAGAUAUCGAUAAUAAAGCAGGUGACAAUGCCAAUGACGCGCCUUCGAACCCUUAUCUGGAGACAAAUGUGACUGAUAGUGAUGAGUCUGAUGGUGGAAAGCGUGUUGUUAGAUCUGCCAAGGACAAGCGCUUUGAUGAACUCUCUGCAACUGUUCACCAGAUGAAGAAUGCCAUGAACAUCAACGACUGGGUUAGCUUGCAGGAGUGCUUUGACAAGAUAAACAAGCAGCUUGAGAAGGUCAUGCGGAUUACAGAGUCUGUGAAAGUACCUAACCUAUACAUCAAGGCACUUGUAAUGCUUGAGGACUUUUUGGGUCAGGCUUUGGCAAACAAAGAUGCGAAAAAGAAGAUGAGUAGCAGUAAUGCCAAGGCCUUGAACUCAAUGAAGCAGAAACUGAAGAAGAACAAUAAGCAGUAUGAGGAGCUGAUUAAUAAGGAAAGGGAGAAUCCUCAGCCGAGUGAAGAUGAAAAGAGUGCAGAAGAGGAGUCGGAUGAUGAAACAGCUUCUGAAGUUGGUUCUGAUAUUGUACCUUCAGGUUCUGAUGAUGAUGAGGAUGAAGUAAUAGAUGAUGAGGAUGACCAAACUGAAGAGGGCUGGCAGAAGCAGAUGAGCAAGAAAGAUAAGCUGAUGGAUAAGCAAUUCAUGAAGGACCCUAGUGAGAUCUCGUGGGACGUAGUGAACAAGAAGUUUAAGGAGGUGGUGGCUGCUCGUGGAAGGAAGGGAACUGGAAGGUUUGAGCAGGUUGAGCAACUUACCUUCUUGACCAAGGUCGCGAAGACCCCUGCCCAGAAGCUGGAGAUUUUCUUCAGUGUUGUUUCUGCUCAGUUUGAUGUGAAUCCUGGUCUGAACGGCCACAUGCCAAUUAAUGUGUGGAAGAAGUGUGUGCAGAAUAUGCAAGUUAUACUUGAUAUUCUUGUGCAGUACCCCAACAUUACAGUUGAUGAUAUGGUGGAGCCGGAUGAGAACGAAUCCCAGAAAGGAGCAGAUUAUGAUGGGACCAUCAGGGUUUGGGGAAAUUUGGUGGCCUUUUUGGAAAGGAUAGAUACUGAAUUCUUCAAGAGCUUGCAAUGCAUUGAUCCUCACACUCGUGAGUACAUCGAGAGACUUAGGGAUGAGCCUAUGUUCUUGGUUCUUGCUCAAAAUGUUCAAGAAUAUUUAGAACGAGUGCAGGAUUUCAAAGCUGCUGCAAAGGUAGCCUUAAGGCGUGUUGAACUCAUCUAUUAUAAGCCACAAGAAGUUUAUGAUGCCAUGAGAAAAUUGGCUGAGCAGACAGGAGAAGAUGGUGAAGGCCAGGAGCCUAAACCGGAGGAAACUCGUAGUCCAUCUGCAUGUAUUGCAGUUCCUGAGAUUGUUCCCCGCAAACCUACCUUUUCAGAGAGCAGCAGGACCAUGAUGGAUAUUCUGGUUUCCCUCAUUUACAAGUAUGGGGAUGAGAGAACAAAAGCUCGUGCAAUGCUAUGUGAUAUCUAUCACCAUGCUCUGCUGGAUGAAUUUUCCACUUCCCGUGACUUGCUGCUGAUGAGUCACCUGCAGGAUAAUAUUCAGCAUAUGGACAUCUCAACCCAGAUACUCUAUAAUAGAGCCAUGGCACAACUUGGUCUCUGUGCAUUUCGGCUUGGAUUGAUCACUGAAGGACAUAGCUGCCUUUCUGAACUAUAUUCUGGUGGAAGAGUAAAGGAGUUGCUGGCACAAGGUGUCUCACAAAGUAGAUAUCAUGAGAAAACUCCAGAACAGGAAAGGCUGGAGAGAAGACGACAAAUGCCUUACCAUAUGCACAUUAACCCUGAGCUCCUGGAGGCAGUGCAUCUGAUAUGUGCCAUGCUGCUCGAAGUGCCGAACAUGGCAGCUAACACCUUUGAUGCGAAGCGCAGGUUGAUUAGUAAGACAUUCAGGCGGCUGCUUGAGAUUAGUGAGAGGCAAACAUUCACAGGACCUCCUGAAAAUGUCAGGGACCAUGUAAUGGCUGCAACCAGGGCCCUUGUCAAAGGUGACUUCCAAAAGGCUUUCGAUGUUAUCAAUUCUCUUGAUGUCUGGAAGCUUUUGAAGAAUCGUGCAAAUGUCCUAGAGAUGCUCAAGGCUAAGAUCAAGGAAGAGGCUCUGAGGACCUACCUCUUUACCUUUUCCUCAUCCUAUAAGACUCUUAGCUUGGAACAAGUUGCCAUGAUGUUUGACCUUUCAGAGGCGCAGACUCAUAGCAUUGUGAGCAAGAUGAUGAUCAACGAAGAGCUCCUUGCAAGCUGGGACCAACCAACACGUUGCAUUGUUUUCCAUGACGUAGCCCACAGUAGGUUGCAGACCCUAGCUUUCCAGUUGACUGAGAAGCUGGCAAUCCUUGCAGAAAGCAAUGAAAGGGCUACAGAAGCAAGGAUAGGUGGUGGUGGAUUAGAUCUGCCUCAAAAGCGUAGAGACAACCAGGACUUUGCUGCUGGGGGCGGGAAUAGAUGGCAAGACAACAAUCUGUCUUUCAGUCAAAGGCAAGGUGGUGGCUCUGGGCGUACAGGAUAUAACAGUGGAGGGAGACAAUAUGGCCAGGCUGCUGGAAGUGGGUAUUCUAGGGAUCGCACAGGUCAGUCCAGGGGAACAGGUCAAAACACUCGUUAUCAAGAUGUUGCAUAUGCUGGCUCUGGGAGGACCGGCUAUCAGACAGCUGCAAGGGGAUCUCAGGAUAGUUCAUCUCGCAUGGUCAAUCUACAUAGGGGGCUUCGCGCCUAAGGAGACAGAGUUAUCCGCAUUUUGAUCAGAGAGCACACCUCCUUUUGUUUCUGUUAAUUGAUUUUGCCGUUUAAGAAACCUAGUCUUUAGUUUUUGAUUGUUUUAGACCCCCAAAGGUUUGGACCCAAGUAAACUUCGGGAGUAAGGAAAUUUGUAUGCUGAUUUACUAUUGCCAUGGAGCAUGGAAAAAUUUUUUUGGUUAUUUGUUUCAUAAGUUUGGUGCAUGUUUAUCCUGUUGCUUUGUACUUGAUUAGAUGGAUCAUGGAUGCAUCAUUUCUCUACUAGCCUUGCUUUAACCUUUUUAGUUUUUACCACGGCUAUACUAGUUUUCUUCUCGACAGGUG